UUGGCCGCAGUGCGAGGGGAGGACGCGACUGCAUUGUGGAAGUAAGAAGAGAAGCGUCCUGGUUUUUCCAUUGCUCUGUUGUUUAGGAAAAUUUACUGGCUGAAUCAUAGGAUCUUGUCAUGGUUCUAUUCCCCACCUCUGUUCAGUCUCCCCUGUACCCAACACCCCCUCAAAAGGGAUGCACAGAGGAGGAAGGGUUUGUUAAUGGCUUCCUGACAAGCUGGUUACCGGACAUGGUGACCUUCAAGGAUGUGGCCGUAGAGUUUACCCAAGAAGAGUGGGCAUUGCUGGACCCUUCUCAAAAAACACUGUACAAAGAUGUGAUGCUGGAGAACUGCAGGAACCUGGCAUCGCUUGGGUAUCAUGUUGAUAAACUCAGCCUGAUCUCUCAGUUGGGGCAAGAAGACAAGGUGAUGACAGAAGAAAGAGGAAUUCUCCCAGGUAUUUGUUCAGAUGUGGAGACUAUACUUAAAGCCAAAUGGUUAACACCUAAGAAGCAUGUUUUUAGGAAAAAACGUUCUAAUGGUGUAAAAGCGGAAAGAAAUCAUGUUGGAAUGAAACUUAAUGAAUGUAAUCAGUGUUUUAAAGUCUUCAGCACAAAAUCUAACCUUACUCAGCACAAGAGAAUUCAUACUGGAGAAAAACCUUAUGACUGUAAUCAAUGUGGAAAAUCUUUCAGCAGUAGAUCUUAUCUUACUAUUCAUAAGAGAAUACAUAAUGGGGAGAAACCUUAUGAAUGCAAUGACUGUGGGAAAGCCUUCAAUGAUCCCUCAUCCCUCAGACUGCAUGUAAGAAUUCACACUGGAGAAAAACCUUAUGAAUGUAACCAGUGUUUUCAUGUUUUCCGUACUAGUUGUAACCUCAAAAGCCACAAGAGAAUUCAUACGAGAGAGAAUCAUCAUGAAUGUAAUCUGUGUGGAAAGGCCUUCAGCACGAGGUCCUCUCUUACUGGGCACAAUAGUAUCCAUACAGGGGAGAAGCCUUAUGAGUGCCAUGAUUGUGGGAAAACCUUCAGAAAGAGCUCCUAUCUGACACAGCAUAUGAGAACUCAUACUGGAGAAAAACCCUAUAUGUGUAAUCAGUGUGGCAAAUCCUUCAGCAGUAGCUUUUCUCUUACUGUGCACAAAAGAAUUCAUACUGGAGAGAAACCCUAUGAAUGCAGUAACUGUGGAAAAGCUUUUAAUAAUCUCUCGGCUGUUAAGAAACAUGUGAGAACUCACACUGGAGAAAAACCCUAUGAAUGUAACCAUUGUGGAAAGUCUUUCACCACUAAUUCUUACCUUUCUGUGCAUAAGAAAAUACAUAAUAGGUGGAUUUGAAUACAGUAACUGGGAAAGCAUUCAUUGAUUUUUUAAUCCCUCAGACAACUUGUGGUAACUCAUGCCAGGUGUUAGAGUUACCUGUUGCUGCCUAGCCAAUUUCCCUCCAAAACAUAGUGGCUUCAAACAACAAACACUUAUUAUCUCACAAUUUCUGAAAGUCAGAAGUUCAUAAAUGGCUUAAUUUUGUAGUUCUGGCUCAGUGUCUCUCAUGAGGGUCCAGUCAAGAUUGUCAUCAGAAGCUACAAUCAUCUGUAUUUUUACUGCUGAAGAGUCUUUUCUAAAAUGGCUGACUCACAUGCCUGGAAAGUUAGUGCUGGAUGUUGCCAGGGAACCUUCAUUUCCUCACCAUGUAGGAUUUUCCAUGGGCCUGAGCAUUUUUAUGUGUAGCAUCAGGUUCCCUCCAAAGCAUCUGAUCUGAGGGAGAGCUAAUCCCGAAGCGAUGUUGUCUUUUAUAAUCUAGCCUUGGAAGGGCAUGUUAUCACUUCCAUAUUGUAUUGGACACACAGACCAAUCCAGAUACAGUGUGGAAGAAGCCUACACAAGGAGUGUAUACCAGGAGAGAGAGAUCCUUGGGAAACAUCUGAGAUGCCUGUCAUGAACUCAGUGAAGAAAGGCCUUCAGCUUUCCACAUUGAUUUGAUAUGAAGUAUCAUUGAGCAACUCUCGGGUUAAUUCACUCUGGAGAAAAA